AUGAAGCAGCAAACUGCCCUUUUGUUGAUCUGUCUAUUUAGGACAAGCUUUGCUCUGCCGGUGCAGAUUGGAAUCAUUGCAAGCAAUAGCAAUGAGAUCCUAAGACUGAAUGGAUUAACUCUUGCAGCUCUUGGACAAACACAGGGCUCUUCAAUAAUACCCCAGUAUGUGCUGCAGCAGCAGCAGCCUGAGGUGUUGCUCACCCCGCAGGUGGUGAACCUAAACCCUCAAGUUGCAGGUCCUUUUGGUCCCCAGGGGCCCCAGCUGUUGCUUCCCAACCAGGGCAACCAGCUAACACCUAUGCUGGUCCCUAACGGCCAGCAGGAGCAGCUCGGGCCUUCACAGGACCCCAACACUGCCAACGUCCCUCAGCAGGCCCAAAACCCCGUGCAGAUGUUUCCACAGUUCCAGUAUCCAUCUUACAGAUUUCCUCAGAUUCACAGGCAGCAGGGCUUCCCUUACUUUGUUCCACCAUAUGGCUAUCCUCAGCAGAGGAAUACUGCAGUGCUGCAGCCCAACAACGCUCAGCGGAACCUGGAGAGAACCACACAGAGACCACAGCUCCCUCUGCAGCAGGGUUCCAAGCCGAACCUACAGACAGAAAAAACAUGGCCACAGGGGACACAGAAAGAUUCUACUACAAUACCUCCUGAUGCUCGUGGCGACACAUCUGGGCCUGGGAUUGAUGAGGCUAACGCCGGCUUUCCCUUCCUGUUUGAGCCUUAGAUGUCAUCUGAGAAAUGACUACAAAGUGACUUGGCAAAAAUUCAUUACCAUGUGUUUGGUGCGCUGACACAUGCUGGAAGUUGCUC